AUGUUGUCCAUGCAGAACUCAGCGUUUCUCGCCCAUCUGAACGGCUCGGGUCUACAGCACUGCUCUGGUUCGGACAUGCCCACUCUCUCAAAUAUCGGCGGAUCCCUCCGAGCCAGCACAUCCAGCACCAGCACCGGCGCCAGCCCCGAUGAUACCUCGUCCGAUUCCCCCGACUGGGCCGGCGACCCCGAUCAGUCGCCGGUAAACAUCGAUCCGAUGGCUUUUGCCCGAUCGCACGACUUUAUGCUGGAUUCAGAGAUGGACGCGGCACCCAAAGUUGAGGAGUUGGAGGAGGAUAUCCAAAGCAUCAAGCAGUCCGAUGUGGGGAACGGGGAGGACAUCGCGGGGGCUCCCGUCACCGUUCCACGGAAACGUGGGCGCCCACGCAAACACCCGCUGCCAUCACCAGGAGGCCAGGUCAAGGUCACCAAGGGUCGAUCGAAGACCGGCUGUAUAACCUGUCGUCGCCGGAAAAAGAAGUGCGAUGAGAGCAAGCCUGCCUGUCUCAACUGCCAGAAGAAUGCGGUCGUGUGUGAAGGAUACCCCCCGAAGGAGAUCUGGAAAAGUGGGAGACAAAGAAUCGCCGAUGCUGUCCGUACCCAGACCCUUGUAUCCGUGCCUCGCAGCCUGCCUCUCCUCAUCGACGGAAUCGAAACCGACAUCGAUCGCCGCUUUCUCGAUCAUUUCGUGUAUGGGUUUAGUCGCGUGCUGACCCUUGUCAACGAUGACUCGAACCCGUUCAAGGAGAUUCUCCUGCCGAUGGCCACACAACACCGGGGGUUGAUGCAUUCACUGAUGUGUCUGUCUGGAUCGCAUCUUUCCGGUCUCGAUCCAGAGCCGAAGCUGAAGGAACGCAAAUACUUCCACUUUCAUCGUGCGAUCCAAGACUUGAAGGACAACAUCACCGCGUCGUCAUCCCAAGGCGGGGACCAGGACGAGGAGCAGCAGUUACUGGUUGAAGACCCGAUAAUCGCAUCAACGAUCGCCCUCAGCUUAAAUACCAUCUGUGAAGGCGAGACCAACGGCGAAUACCGCCCACACAUGGACGCCGCCCGCUACCUCCUCGUAUCACAGCAGCCGCGGAACGAAAAGUUCCGGCAGUUCAUCGUCGAGUUCUUCCAGUACCACGACAUUUCCAACGCCCUGACCUCUUUGGACCGGCGCCCCGCUCUUCUCCAGGCCGGUAUGCGCUUGCCCGAGUUCGUACCAGGGGCUCAGGCAGGGAUGUUCGUGGGUGUCUUCGAUGGUCUAUUCAAUUACAUCUCCGAGAUCACCCAGCUCCGCGACCGGAUCCGCCAGCGGUUCAACGAGGGUUACGAGCCUGCCGUGGAUUACCAAACGCUGAGUGAGGCUGUCCAGGUCGACACUGCCAUCCGCAACUGGGAGACCUCUCACGAGGAGGAAACACCAAACUGGUUCCUGGCCCAACUCUACCGUCAGUCAACCUGGGUAUAUCUAUACCGCACAAUCCGGGCCUCGCGCCCGAGUGAAAAGAUCGCUCAAGUCGUUGACGACGGCCUCUCAUAUCUUGACCGUUUGCCCGAGGACGCAGGCGCUUACAGUAUCGUAUUGAUGCCCCUCUUCCUACUCGGCUGCUCUGCCUUCGAGCAACAGCAGCGCGAGCGUAUCCAAAAAGGCUUUGAAUCUCUCAAAGCCUACUCCAACCUGCGCAACAUCGAACCUGCCUUCAAGGUCGUGACGCGGGUAUGGGAAAUCAUGGACACGAACAUCGAGGAAAGCUGGGACUGGGAGAAAAUCAUCCGUGACAUGAACAUGGACUUCCUUAUCACUUAG